AUGCAGGGCCACCUCUCCCAAGAGUGCCUGCGCAUCCUCAACCUGCAAGGCAGGAAAAAAGAAGAACCAAACCUGGGCAGGCAGCCUCUUCCAAGAGCGCCUAAUCCACAGGAAAGUAAAACCUCACAGCAGAAGGGUCUAGGCCGCCUCUCCAAAGAGCGCCUAAACCCCAGAUCAGUAACCGACCUCACAACAGAAGGGGUCGAAGAGGAGGACCAGCACGCCGCUCUGCAGAUCUCCUCCACUGAAAUUCCACGGAACAGUGCCACUGAAGGGGACAAGCAAGACGGCUGCAAGGAGAGGGCACAGAGAUCACCAGACAUCUUGGCCGAAGCCAAGCCAACAGCAAUGGUCGCAUUGUCCAAGGGUUCAAACGGAGGCCCUGAAAGUCCCAAUACGGAGCUGACCGCCAUAGGGGUGGCCUGA